AUGGAUGCGGUUACCUCUUCUUCGCUGAAACUCUUUCCCUACAAUUUUUCAACUUCAUCCAAACCUUCCAUGGUCUGUUGCAUGAAGAAGAUGAAGGAACUUACCCUCGAACCGGUCCGCUGUUCGGGUGUGGGUGGAGCAUUCGUUCAUGAAAUGCAAAGGAUGGAGCGACCUUUGUUGAUUCGUGCUGCUGCAUCUGAAGAAGAAAACAAUCAGGCUAGUCCUCAAAUAACUCUUCCGCUCAUCGACUUUGCUGAUGUAAUAAAAGCUGCCUCAUAUUUCACCCGCCUUCUUGGGGCUGGUGGGUUUGGGGAGGAGUUCUAUGGAAUUGCCUCUAGAUUGAAUUAUCUCUAUCAUGAGUUGGAGUUCGGAGCGCUCCUCCAUUUGGACAUCAAGUUGGCUAAUGUCCUGUUAGAUGCCAACUUCAUUCCCAAAAUAUCGGAUUUUGGAUUGGGGCUGUUGUUUUCUCACCGCAAUUCCUCUCCUAUUGUGGCAAAAAAGGGUGUUGUGGGAACUGACACUUAUAUGGUCCCUGAAGUUAAAUUUGGGAUCUUGUCAAGCAAGGAAGACGUGUACAGUUUUGGACAUGUCCUCUUUGAACUCAUUACUGAACGCGUGAUUUGA